CUCAGCGGAGUCCGUCUCUCUCUCACACACACCGCCUCGGGACACAUUCUCUCACCGACUCGUGAGUUACUUCACUCGAUUCGGCGCCGUUUGUCGAAGGGGUGUGAGAGGGGAGAGAGAGAGAGAGGAGAGAGGAGAAGUUGUGAGAAGUUGGUGUGAGUUGGUGACAGCCAAAGGGCCCCUCCCUGUCCCCCCCACACACACAGCACAGCCCACACCACAGCCCUAUAAAACGGCCAUGAGCCUGUCGGCGGCCGCUAACGGGCAGGGGGGGCCGGAGGAGGGGGAGAUGCCGGCCACAGAGAAGGAGUUGGCGGAGGACGCGCCCUGGAAGAAGAUCCAACAGAACACGUUCACCCGGUGGUGUAACGAGCACCUGAAGUGCAGUCAGAAGCAGCUGUCGGAUCUGCAGAAGGACCUCACUGACGGCCUGAGGCUGAUCGCGCUGCUCGAGGUCCUCAGCCACAAGAAGAUGUACCGCAAGUACCACUCCCGCCCCAACUUCAGGCAAAUGAAGCUGGAGAACGUGUCGGUGGCUCUGGAGUUCCUGGACCGGGAGCACAUCAAACUGGUGUCCAUCGACAGUAAGGCCAUCGUGGAUGGGAACCUGAAGCUGAUCCUGGGGCUGAUCUGGACACUGAUCCUCCAUUACUCCAUAUCGAUGCCCAUGUGGGAGGACGAGGAUGAGGAGGACAAGAAGCUGACUCCCAAACAGCGGCUUCUAGGCUGGAUACAGAACAAGGUGCCACAGCUGCCCAUCACCAACUUCCACCGUGACUGGCAGGACGGCAAGGCCCUUGGGGCGCUCGUGGACAACUGUGCCCCAGGUCUGUGUCCAGACUGGCAGCGUUGGGAUCCCAAACAGCCAGUGGACAAUGCCAGGGAGGCCAUGCAACAGGCAGACGACUGGCUCGGAGUCCCACAGGUCAUUGCCCCGGAGGAGAUAGUUGACCCGAAUGUGGACGAACACUCUGUGAUGACCUAUUUGUCACAAUUCCCGAAGGCAAAGCUGAAGCCAGGAGCCCCGGUCCGCACCCAGGUCAACCCCAAGCAAGCCCGGGCCUACGGAUCAGGGAUCGAGCCACACGGUAACGUGGUUCUGAAGCCGGCGAUGUUCACGGUGGAGACAGUUGACGCUGGCCUGGGGGAGGUGCUCGUGUUCGUGGCCGAUCCCGAAGGUCACAAGGAGGAGGCCCGUGUGAUUGCCAACAACGACAAGAACCGAACUUACAGCAUCACCUACCUGCCCAGAGUAGCCGGGCUCCACAAGGUGACGGUGCUGUUUGCAGGGCAGCACAUUGACCGGAGUCCAUUUAAUGUUCAUGUUGACGUGGGUCUGGGCGACGCCAGCAAAGUGUCUGCUCGAGGCCCGGGGCUGGAGCUCAACGGCAACGUGGCCCACAAGCCCACCUACUUCGACAUUUACACCGCAGGUGCUGGAGCGGGGGAUGUGGGGGUUGUUAUCGUGGACCCUCAAGGUCGGCGGGACACGGUGGAGGUGGUCCUGGAGGACAAGGGGGACAAUGUUCUCCGCUGCACGUAUAAGCCCGUGCUGGAAGGGCCACACUCUGUCCAUGUGACCUUCGCUGGGAGCCCAGUGCCCAAGAGCCCCUUCCCCGUCAAUGUUUCUGAAGCCAGUAACCCUGCUGCAUGCCGAGCGACCGGCCGAGGCCUGCAGCCCAAGGGUAUGCGAGUCAGAGAGGCUGCGGACUUCAAGGUGUUCACCAAGGGAGCUGGCAGUGGCGAGCUCAAGGUCUCCGUCAAAGGGCCCAAAGGGACAGAGGAGCCAGUGAAGGUGCGAGAUGUGGGUGAAGGAGUGUUUGAGUGUGAAUAUUUCCCCAUCGUACCCGGCAAGUACGUGGUGAGCAUCACAUGGGGAGGUCAUGCGGUGCCCAGGAGUCCCUUUGAGGUACAGAUCGGGCCUGAGGUUGGGACACAGAAGGUUCGGGCCUGGGGCCCGGGGCUGGAGACCGGGGUUGUGGGCAAGUCCGCAGACUUUGUGGUGGAGGCCAUUGGCACCGAGGUGGGAACUCUGGGCUUCUCCAUUGAGGGCCCAUCUCAGGCUAAGAUUGAAUGUGAUGACAAGGGAGACGGUUCGUGUGAUGUUCGCUAUUGGCCCACGGAGCCUGGAGACUAUGCCGUGCAUGUCAUCUGUGACGAUGAGGACAUCAAACACAGCCCCUUCAUGGCUCACAUCCUCCCAGCUAACAACCAGGCCUUCCCAGAGCAGGUGAAGGCCUUUGGGCCGGGGCUGGAGCCGACCGGCUGCAUUGUAAACUCCCCGGCAACGUUCACCAUCGACGCUCGCACCGCAGGCAAGGGGCUCAAGAUCUACGCUCAGGAUGCGGAGGGAGCUCACAUCGAUAUCCAGGUGAAGGAUAAUGGAGACGGGACCUUUGGUUGUGUGUAUUUGCCUCUGAGACCGAUCAAACACACCAUCGUCCUGACCUGGGCCGAUGUCAACAUCCCACACAGCCCCUUCCGGGUGAUGGUAGGGGAGGGCAGUCACCCCAACAAGGUGCGUGUUUACGGCCCCGGGGUGGAGAAGGCCGGCCUGAAAGCCAACGAGCCCACGUACUUCACUGUGGACUGCAGUGAUGCCGGGCAGGGUGAUAUCAGUAUUGGUAUUAAGUGUGCUCCGGGUGUGGUGGGGCCAGCGGAGGCCGACAUCGACUUUGACAUCAUUAAGAACGACAACGACACGUUCACAGUGAAGUACACCCCACCGGGGGCCGGCCGCUACACCAUCAUGGUGCUGUUUGCCGACCAGGAGAUUCCCAUCAGCCCAUUCAGGAUCAAGGUCGAUCCAUCGCACGAUGCGGGGAAGGUGAAAGCCGAGGGUCCCGGGCUCAGCAGGACUGGUGUCGAGGUUGGAAAGCCCACACACUUCACCGUCUACACCAAAGGAGCCGGCAAAGCCAAGCUGGACGUGCAGUUUGUGGGUAUUGCCAGGGGCGAGGCCGUCAGGGAUUUUGAGAUAAUCGACAACCACGACUACUCCUACACUGUCAAGUACACCGCCAUCCAGCAGGGGAACCUGACGGUGACUGUGCUGUACGGUGGGGACCAGGUGCCGAAGAGUCCGUUCACUGUGGCUGUGGCUCCGCCUCUCGACCUGAACAAAGUCAAGGUUCAAGGACUCAAUAACAAAGUGGACGUGGGGAAGGACCAGGAGUUUGUGGUGAACACACGGGGAGCUGGGGGUCAGGGGAAGGUGGAGGUGAAGAUGAGCUCGCCCUCCCGCCGGCCGGUGCCCUGUAAGGUAGAGCCGAGCAUGGGCGAGGGUCCGGGGCAGAGCGAGCUGCACACAGUGAGGUACCUGCCCCCCGAAGAGGGGCUCUACAAGGUCGACAUCAGCUACGACGGGCACCCGGUGCCUGGGAGCCCCUUCACCGUGGAGGCUGUGCGGCCCCCCGACCCCACCAAGGUGCGAGCGUACGGGCCGGGGCUGAAGGGCGGUGUGGUGGGUAAACCAGCCCCGUUCACCAUCGAUACCAAGGGUGCGGGCACGGGGGGCCUGGGGCUGACGGUGGAGGGGCCGUGCGAGGCCAAGAUUGAGUGCCAGGAUAAUGGUGACGGUUCCUGCUCCGUGUCUUACCUGCCCACUGACCCCGGAGAGUACACCGUCAACAUCCUCUUUGCCGACGUGCACAUCCCUGGCUCCCCGUUCAAGGCUGACAUCAAGUCGCUGUUUGACCCCAGCAAGGUGACGGCCAGUGGGCCGGGGCUGGAGCGCGGGAAGGCCGGCGAGGUGGCCAGCUUCACCGUGGACUGUUCCAAGGCUGGCGAGGCCGAGCUCACCAUCGAGAUCAUCUCUGACGCCGGGGUGAAGGCCGAGGUCCACAUCCAGAACAACAGCGACGGCACCUACUCCAUUACCUACAUCCCCCAGGCACAUGGCACCUGCACCAUCACCAUCAAGUAUGGUGGACACCCCGUCCCCAAGUUCCCAGCCAGGGUCCAGGUGGAUCCCGCCAUCGACCUGAGCGGCGUCAAGGUGUUCGGGCCAGGAGUGGAGCCUCGCGGUGUGCUGCGGGAAGUGACGACGGAGUUCACUGUUGAUUGUCGCUCAGUAUCGAGGAGUGGAGGAGCUCAUGUCAAAGCUCGGAUUACCAACCCGUCCGGAGCCGCCACCGACAGCUAUGUCAGGGACAACGGGGAUGGCACGUACCGUGUGGAGUACAGUGCGUACGAGGAUGGGCUCCAUGUGAUUGAGGUGCUUUACGACGACAUCCCAUUGCCCAAAAGCCCGUUCCGUGUUGGUGUGACAGAGGGCUGUGAUCCCAGCCGUGUGCGAGCCUAUGGGCCAGGCCUGGAGGGUGGCCUAGUCAACAAACCCAAUCGCUUCACUGUGGAGACCAGGGGAGCAGGGACGGGAGGUCUGGGCCUGGCUAUUGAAGGGCCGUCGGAGGCCAAGAUGUCCUGUAAAGACAACAAGGAUGGCAGCUGCAGUGUGGAGUACAUCCCCUUCACUGCCGGCGACUACGAUGUCAACAUCACGUUCGGGGGCCAUCCCAUCCCUGGGAGUCCUUUCCGUGUACCGGUGAAGGACGUGGUGGACCCCAGCAAAGUGAAGUGCACGGGGUCGGGGCUGGGCACAAGGGUCAGGGCACAUGUCCCCCAGACCUUCACUGUGGACGCCAGCAAAGCUGGAGUUGCUCCCCUGGGAGUGCAGGUGCUCGGGCCCACAGGUGUGGCGGAAGCAGUGAAGGUGAUGGAUAAGGGAGACGGCACACAUGCUGUCUCCUACACACCAUCAGCAGACGGUCCCUACACCGUGUCUGUCAGAUACGCUGAGCAGGAGGUUCCUCGCAGCCCCUUCAAGAUCAACGUUCUCCCCACGCACGACGCCAGUAAGGUCCGAGCCAGCGGCCCCGGGCUCAACGCCUCAGGAGUGUCAGCCAGCCUGCCCCUGGAGUUCACCAUCGAUGCUCGCGAUGCGGGGGAGGGGCUGCUCACUGUGCAGAUCAUUGACCCGGAGGGGAAGCCGAAGAAAGCAAACAUCCGUGACAACGGUGACGGCACCUACACGGUGAGCUACGUGCCGGACAUGACCGGCCGCUACACCAUCACCAUCAAGUACGGUGGGGAUGAGAUCCCGUACUCCCCCUACCGCAUCCACGCCCUGCCCACCGGGGAUGCCAGCAAGUGCCUCGUCACAGUGUCCAUUGGAGGCCACGGGCUGGGCGCUGGGUUGGGCCCCACUAUACAGAUCGGGGAGGAGACGGUGAUCACAGUGGAUGCCAAGGCUGCAGGGAAGGGCAAGGUGACAUGUAAGGUGUCCACGCCGGAUGGUGCUGAGCUGGACGUUGACGUGGUGGAGAACCAGGACGGCACCUUUGACAUUUACUACACAGCCCCCGAGCCCGGAAAAUAUGUCAUCACCAUCCGCUUCGGGGGGGAACAGAUUCCCAACAGCCCCUUCCACGUGGUGGCCACCGAGGAGCCCAUUGUGCCAGUGGAUGUCGCUGACCAUGGCCUUCGUCCCUUCAGCCUGGUCAUUCCCUUCACUGUGCAGACAGGGGAGAUCACAGGUGAAGUGCGAAUGCCAUCGGGAAAAGCUGCCCGACCCAAGAUCACAGAUAACAAGGAUGGCACCGUGACUGUGAAGUUCGCUCCUAGUGAGAAGGGGCUGCACGAGAUGGACAUCAAAUACGAUGGCAACCACAUCCCAGGGAGCCCACUGCAGUUCUAUGUCGAUGCGAUAAACAGUGGUCAUGUGACUGCCUUCGGGCCUGGGCUGAGCCACGGGAUGGUGAACAAGCUGGCCUCCUUCACCAUCAUCACCAAGGAUGCCGGAGAAGGGGGUCUGUCACUGGCCGUUGAGGGUCCGUCUAAAGCUGAGAUCACAUGUCAGGACAACAAGGAUGGGACCUGCACCGUGUCCUACCUGCCAACCGCCCCUGGGGACUACAACAUCAUCGUUCGCUUCGAUGACAAGCACAUUGCAGGCAGUCCAUUCAUGUCCAAGAUCACAGGUGAUGACUCGAUGAGAACAUCACAGCUCAAUGUGGGGACAUCAGCGGAUGUUUCGCUGAAGAUCACAGAGACAGACCUGAGCCUCCUGACAGCCAGCAUCGAAGCCACGUCCGGCAGUGACGAGCCCUGCCUCCUGAAGAGACUGCCCAAUAGGCAUAUCGGAAUCUCCUUCACCCCGAAGGAGGUGGGUGAGCACGUGGUCAGUGUGAAGAAGAACGGCCGACACGUGGCCAACAGCCCCUUUAAAAUCAUGGUGGGCGCCUCGGAGAUCGGGGACGCCAGCAAGGUCAAGGUGUCAGGGAAAGGGCUGGUCGAGGGUCACACCUUUGAGGUGUCUGAAUUCAUUGUGGAUACCAGACAUGCCGGUUACGGUGGGCUGGGGCUGUCAAUCGAGGGCCCCAGCAAAGUGGACAUUAACUGUGAUGAUCAGGAGGACGGCACGUGCAAGGUCAGUUACUGUCCCACCGAGCCCGGAAACUACAUCAUCAACAUCAAGUUUGCUGAGCACCAUGUACCAGGCAGCCCGUUCACAGUGAAGAUGACAGGAGAGGGCAGGAUAAAGGAGAGCAUUACCAGACGUCGUCAGGCGCCCUCCAUAGCCACCGUGGGCAGCACCUGUGACCUGAACCUCAAGAUACCAGGGAAUUGGUUUCAGAUGGUGUCAGCCCAGGAGCGCCUGACCCGCACCUUCACGCGCAGCAGCCACACGUACACUCGCACAGAGCGGACGGAGAUCAGUAAAACUCGGGCCGGGGAGACCAAGCGCGAGGUGCGAGUGGAGGAGUCCACACAGGUCGGGGGCGAUCCCUUCCACAACGUGUUCGGGGAGUUCCUGGGCCGAGAGAGUCUGGGCACCUUCGGUAACAUAGCGAGGCCUGAGGUGGAGGUGGGGGUACAGGAGAUGAGAGCUCAGGUGACCAGCCCGAGUGGAAAGAUGGACGAUGCUGAGAUCAUCGAGGGAGAGGACAGCACGUACAGUGUGCGGUUCGUGCCGCAGGAAAUGGGGCCGCACACGGUGAACGUGCGUUACCGGGGUCAGCACGUCCCGGGCAGCCCCUUCCAGUUCACUGUGGGGCCCAUGGGCGAAGGCGGCUCACACAAGGUCCGGGCUGGGGGCCCCGGCCUGGAGAGAGGAGUGGCCGCUGUGGCAGCUGAGUUCAGUAUCUGGACGCGGGAGGCGGGGGCUGGAGGCUUGUCUAUCGCUGUUGAGGGUCCGAGUAAAGCAGAAAUCACGUUUGAGGAUCGAAAGGAUGGAUCAUGUGGAGUUUCCUACAUCGUGCAGGAGCCUGGUGAUUACGACAUCUCCAUCAAGUUUAAUGAGGAGCACAUCCCGGACAGUCCCUUCAUCGUCCCCAUCGCAUCCCCCUCAGACGCUGCUCGGAGGCUCACGGUCACCAGCCUGCAGGAGUCGGGGUUGAAGGUGAACCAGACGGCGUCGUUUGCGGUUCAGCUGAACGGAGCGCGAGGCGUCAUCGAUGCCAAAGUUCGCACACCGUCCGGAGCCGUGGAGGAGUGUUAUGUAUCUGAGCUGGACAGCGAUAAAUACGCAAUCCGUUUCAUUCCACGGGAGAACGGCAUCCACUCCAUCCACGUCAAGUUCAACUCCAGCCACAUCCCAGGCAGCCCCUUCCGCAUCCGUGUGGGGGAGCCAGGCCAGACCGGGGACCCUGGGCUAGUGACUGCCUGUGGCCCAGGCUUGGAGGGAGGAGUAACAGGAGUUGCCGCUGAUUUUGUGGUGAACACGUGUGGCGCUGGGGCGGGCGCUCUCUCUGUCACCAUCGAUGGCCCCUCGAAGGUCAAGAUGGAUUGUCAGGAAUGUCCAGACGGCUACAGGGUUAUCUACACCCCAAUGGCCCCCGGCAGCUACCUCAUCUCCAUCAAGUACAGUGGCCCGCAGCACAUCGUGGGUAGCCCCUUCAAGGCCAAGGUCACAGGAGUCCGCCUGUCUGGGGGACACAGUUUACACGAGACAUCCAGUGUGCUGGUGGAGACAGUGACAAAGUCGGCCACAGUGGGCGGAGGGUACGGGCCGCUGCCCAAGUUCACGUCUGACGCCAGCAAAGUGGUGUCUCGAGGCCAAGGCCUGUCCAAGGCCUUCAUUGGACAGAAAAACGUCUUCACAGUAGAUUGUAGCAAAGCAGGGAGCAACAUGCUGAUGGUGGGAGUUCAUGGGCCGAAGACGCCAUGUGAGGAGGUGUAUGUGAAACACAUGGGGAAUCGUGUGUAUAACGUGACCUACACUGUCAAGGAGAAGGGCGACUACAUCCUGAUCGUCAAGUGGGGGGACGAAAGUGUUCCCUGCAGUCCUUUCCACGUCGCUGCCACCUGAGACCCAGCCUGCCUGGCGCUGCACAGAAUACACUGACUUUACCCCCAAAAAUUGAAAUCACCUUAAACAAAACAGAAAAUGUCAGAUUAGUUGAAGUAAAAGAAGAUUUUCCCGGAUUCUUAUUUCCAGACAGGUCUCGGCCUGUGUGCGGGCGACAGGGCAAACCAAACUGAUCCCAAACUGACCUGAUUCCCUCGUUUCUCUUCCUGCCUUUUGUAAAAGUUCCUGAUCUCAAA